AUGUCGCGCUCUACUAGACUGCGCACUAGACCGAGCGCUCCGGAUACUCCCCGAGCUCCAAGAAAGUCCAAGAAGAAAGAAGAACUGGACACUUACGGGUUAGUAGAGGAAAAUGGCGGAAGGCCAUUCCAAUUGAUCGAGGGACUUCCUUCUUCCGAAUCGUUACCGCAGUACAAAGCGACUCUCACGCAUCCACUUUCUGUGAGAGACUCGGCUGUUUUGUACAGUUCCAUGCUGAGUUCCAGAAGAACAUGGAUCAGCUCAGAAAUGUUCGAUAUGUUGUGGUCCAAGCAGUUUUUAAGUCCAGGAGAAAAAGAGCGCUUAGAACAAGAAGGGAUAGAUCCUGAAAGUGUAGAUGCAAGUGCUGCCAGAGAAAAAAUGCACAAACUUUGCGACUGCGUUAUGUUUGGAGGACCACACGCUUUUUCGAUUCGAAUGUUCAUUGUAAAGAACGAAGAGACUGAGAAGAAGUGGAACGACGCAAUUGAGCAGAAAAAGCGUCGAAAGGAGGAUCGCAAGAAACAGGAACUGGAAGAUAAGAAAAUGAAGCAAGAGCUCCGAAAACAGCAACAAUGGGGCAAAAAACAGGAUAGUGACUCGCAAUCACACGUCUUGGAGCUCAAAUCGUCAGUAGUACCACCAGUACAAGCCCCGGGAACAGCUGCUCAAGCACUGCCAGAAGCCAAAAAACCGCCUGUCAAACGACGCCCGCGCAAAGAGGAAAAUCUUACUCCAGCCAGGUCACGAUCUCAUACGCCUCAACAAAGGCGAACUCUUCAUCAGUCUUCAGAAGAUCAAAAAAUGAUUACAAACCUGAAUCUUAUGGCUCAGAAAAAUGCAGAACUAAAUUCGCUAAUGGUUAUAGUAGCUGGUGGAAGGGCAACCUCUCAACAGGUGGAAGAGUUCAAAAAAUACAUUGAAAAGGCAAGAAAAAUGCCAAGUCCACCCGGGUGGAAGCCUGCAACACCGCCAACGGCCGCACCGCUGACCCAAAAUAGAAUAGAUGCGCAACAAAGAGUAGUGCAAGCCAAUGUCACAGAUCGAAAAAUUGUGGACACAAGCAGACCAAUAAUACCACCAGAACUUCCAACCUCCAGACCACCAGAACGUCCACCAAUUAAGACGGAAACACAGUCGAGUCUGUCUCCCAACGGAACUCCCGCGAAUGGCGAGGCAGUACCGCGGCAGAAACGGAAGUAUACAAAGAGGAAAAACGUCGAUACUGUACCUGAACAAGAAGAUAAGUCUAUGCAGCUGACAACAUUUCAGCUCAAGUAUAUGGACAAUGCAGACAUUGUUUUUGAGUAUGUUGAGAACCCGAAUAAAAGAUACAGCUUUCCGAAAGAUGCCAUACUAGAGCCGUUAGAGGAUGGAGAAUCUUAUUUGAUGUCAUGGAUUCUCAUACACAAUCGUAAAGAGGUUGAAAAGUACAAGGAAAAGAGGAACAAAAAAUUGGCCGCCGCUAAAGGUAACAAAGACGAGGAUCAAAAAGUGGAAGAGGAAUACAAUGUCUUCGAAGAUCCGCAGUGCCCUGAACCGUUAUACACAGCUAUGACCGUGAAACUAACGAACAUCCAUAAAAAGUUUCAAACUAUUAUGAUCAAUUCUGUGAAUCCAGCCGAUAAAGUAAGAAAGCAAAUGUCUGCAAUACUGGAGCGCGGAACCAGGCUCACGGGUUAUAAUUUGUGGUUCCAGCUGGACGCAUAUGAUGACAGUGAGCUGGCGGAAAAUUUACGAGGGGAAUUAAAGGACUAUGAAGCUGGGUUCAGAAGUAAGCGUCAACGCAAGCAGUUUUAA